CUCUCACUCUCUAUAAGUGUUGUAUGACUCAUUGGGAAAUGAAUGUAGCAAAAAGAUAGACUAACGAAGUAAAUUUAAGCUAUCUCUCAAUACCUUUGCAUGCUCCCACUUCCUUUCUUCUGCUAAGCCAAAGCUCCUCAUCCUUCCACUACACAAAACCAACUAUUUCCUUCACUCAGACAUUUUCACAAACACUUGCAAAACACUACUAAAAAUGAGCAGCGAUCAAACCCAAGGUUCAGAGACUGAGAGCAGCUCUAAUUCCUUCACCUCCACAACACCACCUUCCUCGCCUUCCUCACUCCAAAACCCACUCUCAGCAAAUCUCCAAAAACCCAACUCCCCAAUCCAUCAAGAAAUCGAAUUGCCCGGCAAGAAAAACACCAAACGGGGCAGAGACUCCAGCAAGCACCCGGUUUAUCGGGGGGUCCGAAUGAGAAAUUGGGGCAAAUGGGUAUCCGAAAUCCGCGAGCCCCGGAAAAAAUCGCGCAUUUGGCUGGGCACCUUCCCGACGCCGGAAAUGGCAGCCCGAGCCCAUGACGUGGCCGCGUUGAGCAUCAAAGGCAACUCAGCGAUUCUCAACUUCCCUGAACUCUCCGACUCGCUGCCUCGCCCGGUUUCACUCGCUCCACGCGACGUCCAAGCCGCGGCCUCCAAAGCCGCGCAAAUGCACCAAUUCGACGCCAACCCAUCAAUGUCGUGUUCCAUGCUGUCCUCGUCCUCGUCUUCUUCGCUGUCGUCGCUCGUCUCUGCCAUAGACAACCUGUCGACCGAGUCGGAGGAGCUGAGCGAGAUCGUUGAGUUGCCGAGUCUGGGUUACGAGUCGACCGAGUUGAGAAGCGAGUUCGUGUUUGUAGACUCGGAGGACCAAUGGGUUUACCCCCCUCCAUGGCUGCAGCGCUUGGGGGAUUGUGGCGGCGGGUAUGUUUGCGAUGAGUUGGGGACGCCGAGUUCAAGUGGGUUUGAGGGUUGGGAAUAUAAUUAGCAAUUUGUUUGCUAAUUAGCUGUUAAUUAAGAGUUUGUGUAAAUGUUUUUUUUUUUUUUUUUUCUGGGUCAAGGAGUUUGUGUAAAUGUAAGUGUGAGCUUUCUCUUAAUUUGCUGGGUUUUUUUUUUUUUUUUCUUUUUUGGCUUUCAGUUUUUGGCUCUUUUGGCUUUUUUCUUUGAAGGGCUUAAACUCUGAUGAUCUGCCUCUGUUUUUUACUCUGUUUUCUUUUUUUCUUUUUUCUGUGUAAGUGUACAGUUGGAGUAAUGCUUAGGAAUAAAAUAUAUUUGCCUCUGGUUGGUAACUUUUGGUGCAAAUAUAAUAAAGCCUGUGUCUUUCUUCUUUUUCUUCUCUCUUCUCUUCUAUGCCUAUC